AUGAGAACUUCUGGAACUCCUGAAUCUAUCAACUUUAUGAACUUCAAUCAAGAUGCCACUUGUAUAUCGGCUGGUACUUCUAAUGGCUACAAAAUCUUCAAUUGUGAUCCAUUUGGAAAAUGCUAUUCUCGUCAUAUAAGCUCUGUUGCAUUGGUGGAAAUGCUCUAUGUGACCUCCUUGCUUGCGGUCGUGGGCAUUGGCGAACACCCGAACAUGUCACCUAGAAGAUUGAAGAUAAUCAACACAAAGAGACAAUCGACGAUUUGCGAGUUGACCUUCCCUACCACUAUCCUUAGCGUCAAGCUCAACAGAGAAAGAAUGGUGGUAGUAUUAGAACAACAGAUAUACAUAUACGAUGUGUCAUCAAUGAAGCUAUUACAUACUAUUGAAACGUUACCUAAUCCACAUGGUUUAGUGGCAUUAUCACCAAUAAUUGAACAUAACUUCUUGGCAUACCCCUCACCACCAGCAAACAAAAAUGGACUAAGUUUGAAUACUGUUAAUGAAGUAGCAGCCACCGGACUUCAACCUGCCAACUCUUCCAUAACCUCAAGAGUGGGUGAUGUUAUAAUAUUUGAUGCAAAAUCCUUGCAGCCUUUGUGUGUCAUCGAGGCACAUAAGGCAGGAUUGGCAGCAAUAUCAUUGAGUUCAGAUGGUUUACUCUUGGCCUCUGCAAGUGUCAAAGGGACAAUCAUUAGGGUGUUCAGCGUGGAGACUGGUGAGAAAUUAUAUCAAUUCAGAAGAGGGACCUAUGGUACAAAGAUUUACAGUUUAAGUUUUAGUGACGAUAAUAAUUUUUUGACUGCCAGUAGCGCGACAGAAACAGUGCAUAUUUUCAAAUUGAGUGAUGAAUAUCAAGUUAAUAAGCUUAGUGUUUAUAACGAUGUGAAAAGCAGGUCAAGUAGUUUCAAUUCCAAGCCACCAGGAUUGCAAAACGAUCAAUAUUCAAAAUCAAAACUUAGCCAAAAAGUUAGAUUCGAUGAGAAUAAAUUGGAUAGUGAAGAUGAUAACGAUAAUGAAGAUGAAGGUGGGGAUGUUGAGGUUGACGACGAUGAUGAUGAUGAUGAUGAUGAAUACGAAUUGCGAAAUGAAGAUUCCAAUGAACAGGAUGAUGAAGUUGGACCAUUGCCUUCUACACCAAAGAAAUAUCCAGAGAUUGAUUUGGUUGAUGAGUCUGGGAAAAAGAUUGAACCGAUUAUCGACCAAACCCGAAGAUCAGUCGGCAGAUUAAUCAGAAAAUCUUCUCAGUCCUUGGGUAGAAGGGCAGCAGAAACCAUGGGUAUUUAUUUACCAAAAAGGGUUACGUCUGUACUUAAACCAAUCAGACAUUUUGCGUCUUUGAAGAUUCCUGCUUCAAAUGGAACAAAAUCCGUUGUAGCAAUGAAACAUUUGGAUGGUAAUAUUUCUGACAGCUUCUUGGAGAAAUUGAAAUUGGCAGCCCCUAAUUUGGCCCAAGACAUUAUUAAUAAUGGUAUAGCUUCCAAAACAAUGUUGGAGGUUAUAGUUGUCACUGGGAAUGGUUUAUUUUUGAAAUAUGCUCUAGAAGGAGACAGAGGUGGUGAUUGUAUUUUAUUGAGUCAGUAUUCAUUAUUAGAUGGGGCUGCUAAAUGA